GAUUCCCAUUUUCUUCAGAGUUCUAGUUUCCUCUGUGAUAGGAAGGGGAGUUUUAGUCCUUGAGAUGUGUGUGUACAUGUGUGGGCCUCAGGGAGGACCCUCCCAUCUGCCCCUGUGACUUGUGGUGGGGCAAGAGAGAGAGAGAGAGACUCUGGGUCUGGCUACACAAGCUAGUGUGUAUGUCUGGUGCAUUUAAUUUUGUAAGGGAGAGUGUGUGCACGCACCCAUUUCUGGGUGACCGUGUCUGUUUAUAGACCUUUGUGUCUACACAUCUCUUUGUGAUGGCAUGUGCCGCUCGCUGCCUGUCUGCGGUUUCAUAUGGUCUGUAUAUGCUUUACUAGGGGUCUGGGUGUCCUCGUGUGUCUGUCCCUCUGGGUAUAUAUAUGAUAUGAGCGUGUCUUUGUUGCUCUAGCUUGUCUGUGUGUACGUACAUUGUGUACGUGCAUGCUUGUGCGUGGCCUCUGGGCCGGCCUUUGCUUCCAGCCGGCCUGGGCAUCUGUCCCUCUCUGCAUGGAUACCACCUCUGUAUAGCACACCUCAGUGUGCCUAGAUGGUCUGUCUCAUCAGGAGGAGAGGUGUGUACAUGUAUGUCUUGGCGUUUGUGCCUGUUGCCGUCAUAUGGGCACCUGGGAACCGCAGGGUGUGUGCCUCUGUGCUCCUCAGUAUAUUUUUCCAAAUGAUAGCAAAACAGCAGGAUGUGGUUUGCCCAGAUCCUCUCCCUUGGGCAGCUGCCAGAGUGAUAUUAAUUCAUAAGACACCUGCUCUGUGCCCCUGCCCCAGCCUCAGUUGGAGCCUGGAGUGUGGCCUCUUUUCUGCUAUUCUUUCUAGUUUGUGUUUAACCAGAGCAACAGCCCAUCCUCUUGAGGCAACCGACCAAUGAACCGUGGGUCCCAGCUGUGGACCCCUGGCCAGGGUCGAGAAGGGAGGGACUUAGCCAGGGUGUUCUGCUACAAAAUGCCAUCACAAUAGAUGCUCCCCCCCACCCAUAGCUGACCCUUUCGUGGGUGCCAGGCUGUGCGGUAUCCUCCCGGGGCAGGUCGUGGGUCUGCGGUGUCUCCCUUCAUUUGAGUGUACCCACAAGCCAGCGGUCACAUGUGUAUGCAUGUGCCAUGACUCACGCAUCAUCCCAGCAGCUGGGGGGGGCAGGGUUCAUGGUGAAUGUCAGUGGCAGACAGUGGGUGGCACAGAGCCGUGCUGUGUGAAGGGUGCUGGGAGAGUUCCCAGAAGCCACUGGGGAGGUCCUGACCUCAAAUCAACGUGUGCCCUAGGUCUCGUGUGGGAGAAAAGUAUACCCAGUGGUGGGGGGAAGGGCACAGCUAGAAGUCAUUUCUGGGUGACUUGAUGGGAAGGGGAGACCAAAUCACCAAGUGCUCCCAACAUCCCCUCUUCAAAUAGCCUCCACACCUGGCUCAUUUGUUCCUCAGAUCCAUCCCUGCCCUGCCCUUUCCUCCUCCCCCAGCUGUAAUUCCCAUUUCACAGAUGGGGGAAACUGAGGUUUAUAGGUAAGUGUCCAGCCCAAGGCCUCAGAUAACCAUGUCACUGGAGCCCCAGCGCAGGCCUCUGGACUCCAAGUCUGGGAGGGAUGGUCUGCCACAACUCCAAUUCCUCCAUCUUCUCCUCCCGACUCCUGGGAACCCACACAGGGAACCCCUCCAACCCCUCUCCUGAGGUCCCUCACCAGCCCAGAAGGUCAAACUCCCCAGUAUUCACUGUAGACAGAGCCUUCCAGCAGCAGGCAGCACCCCCACCCCUCCAUCCCUCCACUCUGCCUUGACCUUUGUGAACCUGCACUGUACUUUCAACUUCCGAGGGUUGCAGGGCCAGGCCUGGGAUGCCUGGUAAAACUUCACUUAUCCUGCAGUGAAACCUUAUAGGCUCUCCCUGCAGACUGUCGGCGCUCUGCCUGCUCCUCUGCGAUCCCACAGCAUUUUGCUGGCGCCUCCCUAUACCUGUUUGGCUCUCACCUGGGAGCUCUUCUAGGAACUGGCGGGUGCCCCUGAUGAAUGAAUGAUCCUGUUUCUCCCGCCCAGCGGGACACGCUUAAGGCGGUCUCACCUCCGUCGCCGCCCCCCCCGCCCCCCCCCCCGCACGUGCCUGCCGAGGGUGCGGGGCGGGUGAAUGGCUACAGCAGGUGCACCCCAGGGCGCCGCUGCCCUGCCCGCUGCCCAGCCUGCCGCCGGGUCCCUCACGGGCUGCUGGCGCCUCUUCGCCCCGGUUACCGCUAGUGGCUGCUGUCGCUCAGUAGAGCCCAAGGAGACCGUGGCCAGAGCGUCCACCGGGCAAGAUGGUGGCUCCCGAGUCUCCUCUCCACCGGCAGAGCGGGCAUAAACUUUCCCAGCUAAGUUAGACGGAUGGUCCCCAUUAGCCCGACGUGCCUUCCCCACCAACUUCCAUUGAUAAGGAGGUGUCGCUGUGUGUAGGGGGAGGCUGGGGGCCAGAGCGCUUGGGUGGGAGUUGCGGGUGCCCUGCCCCUGGAGCAGGAAUGGUUCCCCCAGGGAAGAAACCCGCUGGAGAGGCCUCCAACUCCAACAAGAAGUGCAAGCGUUACUUCAACGAGCACUGGAAAGAGGAGUUUCCCUGGCUGGACUUCGACUACGAGCGGAAGCUGAUGUUUUGCCUCGAGUGCCGCCAAGCCCUAGUGCGGAACAAGCACGGCAAAGCCGAGAACGCCUUCACCGUGGGCACAGACAACUUCCAGCGCCAUGCCCUGCUGCGCCACGUGACCUCGGGGGCCCACCGCCAGGCUCUGGCCUUCAACCGGGGCCAGCCCACUUUGGAGGGCCAAGCCGAGGGAGGAGGGGCCUACUUGGACCUGGAGACCCCCCCCACCUCCAGGGGCAUCAAGGCAGAGGUGGACCCGGCCAAAGUGGCCAUGCUGACCACGGUGUACUGCAUGGCCAAGGAGGACGUGCCCGAUGACCGCUGCUCUGCCCUCCUCGAGCUGCAGAGGUUCAACCUGUGCCAGGCCCUGCUGGGCACAGAGCACAGCGACUGCUACAGCCCCAGGAGGGUGAGGGACAUGCAGGUGGCCAUUGCCAGUGUCUUGCACACAGAGGCCUGCCAGCGCCUGAAGGCAUCCCCGUAUGUGGGGCUGGUGUUGGAUGAGACCAGGGACUGGCCUGAGUCCCACAGUCUGGCCUUGUUUGCCACUUCGGUGUCCCCCUGUGAUGGCCAGCCGGCUACCACCUUCCUGGGCAGUGUGGAACUACAGGAGGGUGAGGCCACCGCUGGCCAACUCCUGGACAUCCUGCAGGCCUUCGGCGUGUCUGCACCCAAGCUGGCCUGGCUCAGCUCGAGCCUCCCCGGGGACCGCCUUGGGCAUGUGGGCCCACAACUGCGCGCCGCCUGCCCACUGCUCACGGAGCUACACUGCCUCCCCGGCCGGACAGAUCCCGAGCCCCCUGCCUACCUAAGUGAAUACGAAAGCGUGCUGGAUGCCCUAUUCCGCCUCCAUGGUGGCCCCAGUUCCCGCACGGUCCCCGAGCUCCGGGCGGCCCUGGACCUGGCAGCUAUUGACUUGGCAGGACCACGGCCAGUGCCCUGGGCGUCCUUGCUGCCUAUCGUGGAAGCAGUGGCUGAGGCUUGGCCUUGCCUGGUGCCCACCCUGGAGGCCUCUGCCCCUACCUCCCCUACAGCUAGGGCACUGGCCCUCGCCCUGCGCCAGUUCACCUUCGUGGCCUUCACCCACCUGCUGCUGGACACUCUGCCCACCUUGCAGAAGCUCGCCCUUGUCCUGCAGCCAGAAGAGCCGGACUUGGCCUUGCUGCAGCCCCUGGUGAUGGCGGCUGCGGCCUCCCUCCAAGCACAGCGCAGCUCGGGUGGGGCGCGCCUCCAGGGCUUCCUGCAGGAGUUGGCUUCCUCGGGCCCUGACUUGGGCGGCGGGCGCUGCACCUACCGCGGCGUGGAGCUGGUCGGCUACUCCGAAGCUGCCGUGCGGGGCUUGGAACGGCUGCGGGGGGCCUUUUUGGACUCCAUGCGGAGGGGGCUGGGGGACUCCUAUCCCGGGCCCUCGCUGGACGCCGUAGCCGCCUUCGCGGCGAUCUUCGACCCGCGCGGCUACCCGCAGGCCCCCGAAGAGCUGGGCGCGCACGGCGAGGGAGCGCUGCGGGUACUGCUGCGCACCUUUGCUCCCGCGGUGGUGCGCCAGCGGGCGUUGGGCGACUUCGCGCUCUUCAAGCGCGUGGUGUGCAGCCUGGGGCGGCUGGGCCCGCGGGCCCUGUGUGCCAAGCUGGCGUGCGCGCGCUCUGAGCUGCACGAGCUCUUCCCGGACUUCGCAGCCCUGGCCGCCCUGGCCUUGGCGCUGCCCGCGGGCGCCGGCCUCCUGGACAAGGUGGGCCGCAGCCGGGAGCUGCGGUGGUGGGGGCAGAGCGGGGCCGGGGAGGGCCGGGGCGGCCCCGCGAUGAAGAUCGCCGUGGAUGGGCCACCGCUGCACGAGUUUGACUUUGCGCUGGCCGUGGAGUUCUUGGAGAGUGGGUGGGCGGAGGGGCUGCUGGGGUAGAAGCUCACGUGAGGGCGUGAGGGCGGCCGCCUUCUCUCUGCCCCGCCAGCCUGGGGUCCGCGCUCUAGGGCCCCGAGGCGGAUUUGACCCCCGGCAACCCAC